AUGACAGCAGCCUGUUGUGCAUCUAAUACAGAUCUUAGUGUGCCACGUGAGAAGCAUAUUGAGUGGAUUACAAAUUUACCGGCAAGUCUUCAUGAUGAACCAAUAUCGAAGCUUGCUAUUCCGGGUUCUCACAAUUCAUUUGCCUAUGACCUAACACGUACUGCUGGACCAGAUUUGUCUGUCGGCUUGAGACGUUUUCUUCCUUUGAUUGGAUGUUUCAUCAAACGUUGGAGUGUUACACAAAAAGAAACAUUCAUCGGACAGUUAGAGACUGGAAUUCGCUAUUUCGAUCUGCGUGUCUGUCGUAUGACAGAUAAAGCUUCCAAUCAAACAUCUCAGUUCACUUUUACACAUGGUCUACUCGGCUGUCUCGUUGCCGAUGAUAAUAAUGAUAUUUUUAUACGUGAAAAUAUAAUUGAAAGAUUUUUAUUAUCAUGUGAAUGA